CUUUGUGCUCAUCAUGAUUCACAAGAUUCCUCGUAACUCUGGUUACCCUUCUCCUCGCAUCACUAUUGCCGGGUGCGGGGUCUUGGGCAAAGGUAUCGCCACCGGUCUUAUGGCCUCGCCUUUGAACCUAGACCCCAGCAAGAUCACUCUGACGGUUCGACGUGAGCAACACGCUCACUGUCUGCGUGAGGAAUUUCCCGGUCUUGCUAUAACUCUCGACAACGGGGAUCCAGCGCUCUGGCAGGGGAAGCCGACUGAUGACGAGGAAGGCCAUUUUCUCUUCAUCGUCACUAAGCCUCAGCAUGUCCAGCUGGUCUGUGCCGAUAUCUACCCCCAUAUUCAAGCUAGUCGCACUCCUCCUGUCGUGAUCACCCUCUGUCCAGGCAUCACCAUCGCGCGACUGCAAGGAUGGCUUCCCACAGGCACGCCGAUCGUCCGCUCGAUGCCCAACACCCCGGUUAUGGUUUGCCAGGGGGCGACCGGACUCUUCCCCUCGUCACUAGUCACUCCCUGCCAGCUGGAUACUCUCACCCGCAUGUUCGAGGCAAUCUCACCGAGCGUCGUCACACUGGCCCAUGAAGAUCAGUUAAAUGUGGUGGCUGCCAUUUCAGGGUCCGCUCCCGCCUACUUCUACCGUCUUAUGGAUAGUAUGGUCGCGACUGGCAUGUCCCUCGGACUUCCCGAGUCUCUCGCCCGGGAUCUAAUCACGCAGUCUUGUAUUGGAUCCGGAGCAUUCGCGCGUGAAAUCCCCGGCGUCUCACUGGCACAGUUGAAGAACGAUGUCUGUGUUCCCGGGGGUAGUACGGAGAAGGCGAUGAACGUCCUGGAUGCCCACGGGUGGCAUCGAGCGGUGAAGGAAGCGAUCACGGCCAGUCUGACUGCCAAUCGGUCCAUGGGGCAGAAGGUCAAAGGAGGUUCGUGAUAUUUUAUCUACGAGAACAAGGAAUGGCUUCCAGGUUUCCUGUCAUCAUGAGAAUAGUUGAUCUAGCUGUAUCGAUUGUACAUAGUCUGCUUUAAUUGCAUUGCCCCGCUGGG